AUGGCGUCCCACUCGAACACUCUUCCUCAAGGAUUUUCCGUCUUCCAGCCUGCUCUUGGUGCUCAGCUGCAGUUCUUCCCUGCUUUGGGAACCCCUGAGCUCGACGAGUUGGUAAACGCUUACAUCCCUGGAUCCGCCUCUGUCCAGGAGAAGCGUACCUCCAUCUCUCUUGACUACUUUGAGUAUGCGCACCUGACUGGACAAACUUUCAAGUUCUACCCGGUGUACACACUCUCGGCUACUGUUGAGUCUCCUGCUACUGCUAGCCCUCUCCAGGACUCUGGCUAUGGAUCUUCUUUCAACACGAGCCCUGUCAUGUCCAACUGGGACUGGAGCCACGUGAACACUUCAACCUCUUCUCGUCGUUCAUCUCCCAAGUCUACCUCCAGCCAUCAGCCUGCUGAUUUCUCCAACCUGCCGGGAAUGAAGAUCAUGACCAAGGAUGGACGCGACGUGACCAACUCUGCCUCCCGAGGAUCCAAGACAAAGGAGCAGCGGGAUCACGCUCACCUCAUGCGAAUCAUCAAGGCUUGCGAGAGCUGCAAGAAGAAGAAGAUUCGAUGCGAUCCUAGCCACAAGAAGCGCGGUGUUUCCAGCACAUCAGCUCAGCCUGCCAAGGUUACCAAAAAGACAAAGACAGCAGCCUCAGAAGCAAAGAUUGCUCCUAUGGCUGUCCAGGAUACUUUUGCUCCUCAAAUAGGACUGUCCGAGCAAGACCUCCUCGUAGAUCUGGACAACUUUGCAGCUUCAGAGGAGCUUGGAAACGAGUCAUGGGAGCAGUUCGUUCAGUUCCCUGCUGUGGAUGACAGCUAUGACUUCUUCAACGAUCCCGAGGGCUACCUGUCACCCCAGUCCUCCUCCACUCUGUCUGAGUACUCUACAAAGCCUGCUUCUCCUGCAACAGAGCCAGACCUGCGUCGUCGUCGUGGUGCUACGGCCGAUGCCGAGAUUGCAGGACUAGCCGACCCUGCGGCAUACCUACCAUUCAACCAGGUAGAGGCCAAUCACAACUAUGCUGACUUUAAUCUGUACUCUCCUGAGUCUUCCUUCUCGGAAGAUGAGCGCAUGGUUCCGAUUGAAGUUUUCAAGCAGUCGGUUAGUCAGCCUAGGUCACCGGCACCGAACCCGCUACCACCGAACGAGUCCUCGAAUGGCUUGAAUAGUCACGGUGGUGAGUUGAUUGGCGAUCAAUCGGAGUCACUUUCUGUGGUUGCUUCUUUCGCGCCUCAACAACUUCUCUUUACCCAUGGCCAGCUCGACCGCGAUGCCGUUAAUCGCGAUUCUGGAGCUGGCCUGGAGUAUUACUCCAAGCCGUCAACAUCUAGCCUUGGCUCAGAUAUUCUGAGCACGAGUGCCAGCUCACAGCGCGACUCAUCGACCCUUGUGUCGACCCUCCAAUCUUCCGUGAAUGCUUCAGAGUCUUCGACGAGUAACGUGACAAUUAGUCGCGAUAUUAUCGAAGCCCACGGAUUAACUACAGCACAGCCAGAUUCUCGGCCAACCGAGACUGGAACGAUACGAGUACCGGCACAAACUGGCUCUCAAUCGACCGAAAUCGCAGGCGCAGAGUCCCAACAUCGAUCAACCGAGACUCAAGCCACGACCCUGUCACGGGGCUGUCAAAAUGUCGGUGCUCUAGGCGAACAGCAGCUACAAGAUUCUCGAGAUGUCGAGAUUCACAAUGUGGCGGGAGAUACAUCCCAACGUUUUCCUACGUCCGUCUUGCUUGAGCCUGUUGCAAUCGGUCUGGCGUCGAUGUAUGGACAGCCAAGCAUGGGAGUUCUCAUGCCUAUCGCGGCGGUACUGAUCGCGUUCACCAUCUGGUCCUACGUCUCCCAGCAAUUUGCCCACCCAGACAAAUCAUUUGAGCAGAGGACAUCCUCUCUUGCGCCUACUAAGCGAAAGUCUAAUGGACUCUUGCCCAGAACUUGGCAGAAUGCCUCUAGGCUACAGAGCACAACAAUGAGCUGCAAGAAGCCCGUCGAUCGAAUGAUUUUGAUGAGCCGAAGCUUAAUCAUCGUAUAA